CUAGCAUUCGAACCAGGCCCCUCGAGUGAGACUUGGAUUUCUGCUGCCCAAAGAGAAAGAAAGGGGGAUUUAGCAGAGGAGAAGACCAGCUAGUUCCAGCGUCUUCAGCCAUGAUGGCCCUAGAUCGCGGUCGUAUCUUCACCAACAAUUUGGAAGCAUUCCUCAAACCCGUCUCAAAGGAAAUCUCCAUCCUUCAGAAACGCCCACGGCCUCGAACUAGAAGGCUGGAGAAACACACAAGGCGCGCGUGCACAGCAAUUUCUACACCAUACAAACGGUUGCCCCCUUCUCUUCCGUCCCUGCUUGAUGCUAGCAAUGAGGACGGGGAUUGGGGUUGGGUAGCUUCUACAGCCGAAAGUGGGAAGAUUUGGGCGGGGAUUGGCAGGGACACCAGGGUCACAGGGACCUUUCUCAAAGUGAGCACCGAGAAGUCUCCUCCUCCUCCUGAUCCUCUCUGUCUCUCUCUUCGCAGCCCAGGGCUUGACGCCAUCACCAUGUUCCCAGUGUCGGUCCCCAAUAUCCACUCCCCUUUUGCUGCUGGCGAGUGGCGCCUGCUGCAGAGGGCGGAUAUUGUUUCCUUUUCUCCUCCCCCUCACUACUUUCCCACUGCCGCUGCUACCUCACUGUCACACACAUAUCGGAUACACAGAGGAAUACGGGGGCCCUAGCAAAGUAGCCUCAUCAAUCUCCAUCAGUCAAGCAAGAAUCCCCGAACCGCCAAACCCCUGGAGGUGCGGCUUCAUGGCCCGCUCCCCCCUUCCUCCUGUGUGGUCCUCCACUUUGUUGGCUCCUCUGCCUGGAGAAGGAGAGAGAAAAUGCCUGAUCGGCCUAUCAUAUAUUCGAAUUCGCUAGCGUCGCGCGCCACUGCUUUUGCCCGCCUCGGUCUAGUCGAGGGGGUGCGUGGAGUUGCUUCUCCUCGAUCCUGAUGCUAGUUCACUCUCCCACCCCCAGCCAACGGGUGCUCCCCCC